GAACUCAAAAAAAAUUCUACGGCUACACUCUUUGGUGGGGUUUUAAACCAGAAUUUAUGAAUUUACUCUCCAUUGAAGAUUCGAUAUCUUUCGUUAAUCGUUAUUAGAAAGCUAAACUAGUAAAAAAGUUAUGCUUCUCUAACAGCAGACUUCCUCUGAAUGUCGAGGAAUCGAGCCGCUCAGUAACCCUUUCCUUGUUCGUCUCAGCCUCUGCUUACUCUCAAAACUUUGCAAGGAGCUUUUGAUUUCGCUGCAACAACACUUUGAUCUUCCACGAAGCCCAAGUGGAGUAAAGCCAAGGAGGAUGAUCGGCCUUCCAUCUCCUUUGUGAUGCUAAUAUCAUAUCAGAUAAUGCCGCCUUAGUUUGUAUCUAGAGAACGAAUGAAGGAAUGCAUGCCUGGAUCGAGCCAAUUCCGAACGAAUGUAGAAAUUAGGGUUUGCUAUUCAGCCUUUCUCUAAGUGGGCUCUCCAACAGGAGUGGGCUGCUAACACUAAAUUUUUAACUUCAAGAUUAUUUAAUGUAAUCUUACGUUGCAAUUAAUGACAAUAAUUGCACACUAAAUUGAUAGUUAGGCUGCUUAUAAAUUAUCUGUUAUUUUUACCAUUUUUUGAGAACACAUGGAGCUAAUCAAAUUAUACUGACCCGAUCCUCUCCCGUCAAAUUAUACUUCACUUGUUUUCUUCUCCAUCUCUCUCGCCCUUUGAUUUUACUGUCUCGUCCGUUUCUGGGUUCCAAUAAAAUUCUCUGGCUCUUCACUUCUCUGCGAAUUUUCUUUUUAUCUUAUCUGCCAUUUUCGAUCACAACAAUCCUCACAUUUCCACCUAUUUACCUCUUUUAUACUUUAAUUUUCUCUUUUCUAGCCUAAUUUCGUUGGACUGUGGGGUGUCUCUUGUUUCAAUGGAUACUGUUUAUGCGCAGUACCCAUAUGGAAUUACUGCUCAUUUCAAAAGAGAUUCUGAUUAUAAAAUGGAGUUUUUGGGCUCUUGUCUUUCCCCUAAGGUGGAAAUCUCGAGAGCUGGCUUGUUCGCAACUUCAGGUUUCUCUGUAAAUACCAAGGGAUUGGCAAGUCGAAUAUUUUCUUUGCCUGAUAUUGAUGAUUUCUUUUGGGAUAAAGUCCAAACCCCAAUACUUGAUGCAGUUGAAAACCCUGUCCACUUAAAGAACUUAAGUCUUAAGGAACUGACACAGUUAGCUGAGGAAAUCCGUUCAGAAUUAUCUUCUGUGAUGUCAAAGAGACAGAAAUUCUUCAAGGCCAGUUUGGCAGUGGUGGAACUGACGGUUGCAUUACACUAUGUUUUUCAUGCUCCAAUGGACAAGAUACUGUGGGAUGUCGGGGAACAAACUUAUGCACAUAAAAUCCUGACGGGCAGGCGAUCCCUUAUGCAUACACUAAGGCAAAAGAAUGGUCUAUCUGGCUUUACGUCCCGAUCUGAAAGUGAAUAUGAUCCAUUUGGUGCAGGGCAUGGAUGCAACAGUGUUUCUGCUGGUCUUGGCAUGGCAGUUGCAAGGGAUAUUAAAGGAAAGUGGGAACGUAUUGUUACAGUCAUCAGCAAUGGGACAACCAUGGCUGGUCAGGUCUAUGAAGCAAUGAGCAAUGUGGGUUAUUUGGACUCCAAUAUGAUAGUGAUAUUAAAUGACAGCCGCCAUUCUUUACACCUAAAGACUGAAGAGGGGCUCAAAACAUCCAUAAAUGCUUUAUCGAGUACCCUGAGCAGAAUCCAGUCUAGUAAAUCUUUCCGUAAAUUUAGAGAAGUAGCGAAGGGCUUAACCAAAAGAAUUGGUGGUGGCAUGCACGAAUUGGCAGCCAAAGUUGACGAGUAUGCACGUGGUAUAUUAGGUCCUCCAGGAUCAACUCUGUUUGAAGAACUUGGCUUGUAUUACAUAGGCCCUGUUGAUGGACACAACAUUGAGGACCUAAUUUGUGUUCUACAAGAAGUAGCAUCUUUGGAUCCCACUGGUCCUGUGUUGGUUCAUGUGAUAACUGAUGAAACUUAUGGUUCAGAAAAUAAAGAAAUAAAUGAGAUAGUAGACAAGCAGGGUCAUGAUUCAAGCAGUUGUUCUUCUUUACUAUAUUAUAAUCACUGUCGCACAUAUAGUAAUUGCUUUGUAGAGGCCUUGAUUAUGGAGGCAGAGAAGGACAAAGAUAUUGUGGUAGUUCAUGCAGGAAUGGGAAUGGAUUCGUCACUUACACUAUUUCAAGAAAAAUUUCCAGAGAGGUUUUUUGAUGUUGGAAUGGCUGAGCAGCAUGCAGUUACAUUUUCUGCUGGCCUUUCAUGUGGGGGCUUGAAGCCCUUUUGCAUAAUUCCAUCUACCUUUCUGCAGAGAGCUUAUGAUCAGGAAAUGAAAGUCGUGAUAUUCUGGAGUGUCCUCUUUAUGGCAUCUUUAGGUUGUCCCUUGAUGUUGAUCAGCAGAAGAUUCCAGUGCGUUUUGUUAAACAUGAUUAAUGAAGAUACUAAGCCGGAUACUAAGAAGCCAUACCUUUGGCAAACACUAUGCUUUCCUCAAAGCUUGGAUCCUCUCCUCUUCUCUUCUUCUCCUCCAAAGACCAAACCAAGGGUUCAAGGAAAAAUCCCCUCUAAGAUUGGACAGGGAAGAAUUCUUGUGGAGGGAAAAGAUGUUGCACUACUUGGUUAUGGGGUUAUGGUCCAGAACUGUCUUAACGCUCAGGCUCUUCUUUCGAAGCUUGGAAUUGAAGCAACUGUGGCCGAUGCAAGAUUCUGCAAGCCCCUUGACAUUAAGCUUCUGAGACAGCUUUGUGAAAACCAUGCCUUCUUGAUCACAGUUGAAGAAGGCUCUAUAGGGGGAUUUGGAUCACAUGUGGCACAGUUUCUUUCUCUUGAUGGACAGCUUGAUGGGAGCACUAAGUGGCGACCAAUCAUUCUACCAGACAGUUACAUAGAACAUGCAUCUCCAAAUGAACAGCUUGCUCUUGCUGGACUGACCGGACAUCACAUUGCGGCCACAGCCUUAACUCUGCUUGGCCGUACCCGUGAAGCUCUCCUUCUCAAGUGCUAGGAAUCUGUCAAUAUCUUCCUCUGUACAGAUAGUAGAGGAACAUAUAUAUAUAUAUAUAUACAUACAUACAUAUAUUUAUAUAUGUAUAUGAAUUGAAAGUUGAGGUUUUGUGUGAAAGAAAGAUUCUAACCACUGGUGAAUCCUCCUUCCGGACUUAUCGUUUGCAUUAUCAAAUCUUACCGUUUUAAUUUUUGGCAA